CUCUGUUAUCGAUAAAAUCGAGAAAGGACAAUCUCGCCGCGUGACGACGACCGAUCAGUAUCACGUCGGACGUUCGCGGAUCCGUUUUCCGAUUGCUGUGUACCGAAAUCAUUUGCGAAUCAAUUUCACUGUUCUGAUAAUGAAGUAGGACCUCGAUUGACCUCUCGCUGGAUAUCGUGUUAGAUUCGUAGUAAAAAUUUCGAACGGAAUUUGAACAGCAAAAUUUACUCGAUUCUUUUGAAAACAAUUGAAACAUUGUUCUUUUGUUAUCAAUUAUACUUUAUAUCAAAUGGACGUAGAAGAUACCUAGAUUCUUCCUUUUCUUUCAAUAAAUUAACAGUCGUGUCUAUAGUCCAGAUAGAAAUUUGGGACAACACCUAUUAUCAAGGCAGCAGUCUAUUAUUCAAUGUUCGUUAAAUUAAACCUCGAUAAUUUAUAUCCUCACAUUACACCCGGAAAUGAUUGAAUUCGAAUUUUACAAAUCGAAAAACUUCUGGAUUCGCCACUUGUCUCAACUGUUCGCCCAACUGAAUCGGAUAAUCGAGGUUACUAUUUUACAAAUCAUACUUCCAAAAUUAUGAUCCAAGUUCUUUGAAUUCAUAGAAUAUCCAAAAAAAUUCGCGGAACACUAAAGAACUCCGAAUUUCGACAGUGACCAAACGUAACCGCAAUUAACGAUGUUUACAUCAAGAGAACGGGUUUAAUCAACGGAAAGUAAUCUCGAGUGGCGAGGAUCAAUUCGAUCAGUUUCUACAAUCAACCCUGGUGCUUGUUCCCUACACGAUAAAUUAUGCGUUAUUCCUGAUCGGUCGAUUAAAUUUGAUUGAGUGGCACGCUCUCUCGACCGGGAGAAACUUCGAACGCGCGGUUCGGUUAAUCGAAUAAGGGAUGAUGGAGAAAAGGCAAUCGACGCAACCGCGGAUUUUCAUCUGCCCCGCCAUCGACUACACCCAGCAGGAUGUGUGCAGGGAACCGACGAGGUCUUGGUACAACUGGAUUUUGGACGUAAUAUGCGGCUCGGGUCAGAAAAAAUGGCACGCCAGUGAAAGCAGAAUGUACGUAAACGCGGCGCCUCCGUCGUUUGUGUUGACCGCACAGAAGGGGCCGCAGGAUAUCGACGCUUAUCCGUUAACGAACAGUGUUCCUAGUCUCAUCAAAAUAUUGUUGGUCUUCCCCAAAGAUGAUCAGCAAAUGGAUAUACUCGCUACCACUUCGAGGCGGUUGGGGUGGAGCGUGUCGGUGGCGAAGGACAGAGAAAAGGCGGUGGAGUUUUUCCAAAGUCGGGGUCACGAGCUAAUAAUCAUCGAUCAUCGUGGGCAACGCGCCGCGGAAGCUGAUUCGAUUUGUAGGGCGAUUAGGUCUAGUCCCGUUUACCACAAUUCCGUUAUCAUAGCUCUAGUAAAAAAAUCGUACUUCAUGUAUGGCGAGAAAGAUAAAAUCGUGGCACUGGACUUGUUAGAAACAGGGUUUAACAGAGCACUGAUGGAGUGCUCCCACGAGGGAAUAUUGAUAAACGAAUUGGUAGGGAUAUACACGAGCGCGUUGCUGCCAAGGACUCAGCUCGCGGCUGCCAAUGCACUGUAUCUGGCUCUUGAUAGAUGCCGCGAUAUGGUACAUGUAACCAACGAUAAGCACAUUGUACAGUUUGUUAAUAAAAUCAGCGAGAAGUUAUUAGGCUAUAAGACGACCGACAUGUUGGGUAAGAGCAUCGGGGAGUUGGUGCACUACGAGAACUUCGUGGUCAUGGAACAACAGAUCAGCAAGGGGCGCGAGUUCGAGGGGAACAUGAAUUGCAGACGACAGAACAAUCAAAUGAUCACUAUCAACUGCAGGGUGAUACCUUUCUGCACGACGUUAAAGAAACCGACUCAUUACAUAUACAUAUAUGACACGACCUACUUGUCGGAGAACAUCGACCCGCUGAGUUCAAUGAGUCCACUGCCCAGCCCUUUGCAACCACCCUUCUCGAAAGUGGGUCCUUUAACUACAACGCCAAGGAGGCCUUCGGAUGUUAAAUCCAACGCCACCGAGGGCCGCAGGCGGUCCAGUUUGCAGAAGUUGCACGCGUUGCAAUUAGAGGCGCCUAUAACGAAAGUCAUCACCCUCCUAUCGAACGCCAUUACGGAAGCCACAAGUGCCGAGACAGCAGCGCAGAUCGACAAAGCAAUAGAAAUGCUCAAAACCACGGAACUGUACGUGCCAUAUCUUAAAGAUGACAGGAAUUACAACGACCCCGUAGCGUCAGAUCUGCUUGGUGCUUUGCUUUCUUCACCGAGACGAACAUGGGAAUCCAGAAGAUCCUCCGCGGAAUCGACGCGGUUGUCGACUCUACGAGCGGUCACGACAGCGCCGAGCAGUUCGCGUAUGCAGAUCAAAGGAUUCAGGGGACCUCAAGAGAUCGCGGAGAUACUCGAAAGAUCUAUGGAAUGGAAUUUCGACAUAUUCAAGCUCGAAGUUCUAACAGAGAAAAGGCCGCUGCUUUUCCUGGGGAUGACGAUCAUGAAUCUUUACCGAGUGCCAGCAAGAUUAGGCUGCGACGAGAAAAUCGUACAGAACUGGCUGGCCGUGAUCGAGAUGAACUACAGAUCUCAAAACAGUUAUCACAAUUCAACUCAUGCCGCGGACGUCCUUCAAGCAACCGCCAGAUUUAUGCAGUCGGAGAGACUCAAGCAAAUUCUGGAACCUCUGGACGAGGUCUCGGCUCUACUCGCGUCUGCUGCUCAUGACGUAGAUCAUCCGGGCAAAUCAAGCCAGUUUCUUUGCAACGCCGACAACAAAUUGGCAAUACUUUAUAACGAUAUAUCUGUGCUUGAGUCACACCAUGCAGCUCUGACGUUUAAGUUAACAUUAUCCGACGACAACGUGAAUAUCUUUAAGAAUUUGGAACGAGAUACGUACAAGCAUGUUCGUCAGACAGUGGUGGACAUGAUCUUAGCAACAGAGAUGACAAAACACUUCGAACACUUGGCCAAGUUCAUGAACAUUUGCAGCUUGAAGGGAUACAUCGACUCCCUGGACAUGUCCGUAGUGUUGCAACCGGAGAACGUAGCACUGGUCAAACGGAUGAUGAUCAAAUGCGCGGAUGUGUCGAACCCGACCAGACCAAUGAAAUGCUGUAUCGAAUGGACCAGGCGAAUAGCCGAGGAGUACUUUAGUCAGACCGACGAGGAGAAAAGAUUAAAACUGCCCGUUCUGAUGCCAAUGUUCGACAGGUUAACGUGCUCGAUUCCGAAAUCACAAAUCGGUUUCAUCGAUUUCAUCAUCAACGACAUGAUCGAAGCCUGGGAUGCAUUCAUCGAUAUGCCGGAAAUGGUCGGCCACAUGAGACAUAAUUACGAGAAAUGGAAAGAAUACAAUGAGAAGGGUAUAACGACUCUACAAGACAUCGAGAAAAUACAACAGAAUCCUGAACUGCAUAUAUACAGAUUCACGUGACCCAUGGAAUCUAUUGGAAAUUCUCCCAGCCCUCCCCCCCAUUUUAACCCCUUUUAUUCUCGUCCGUCCCUGAAUCUUGAACGCUGCGAAUUGUGCAACGAUUUGUAAAAUAUUUGUAAUAUUUAAUAGAGUAAUAUGACACGUCGUACGCUUGUAAGUUCUUUUUUUAGAAAAUAUACUGUAAUUCAUUCA